GAUUUGGGUUUCUCUUCUGCUGUUGUCGAUAUUCCCGCACACCUUGCUGAAUUGACUUCUAAAUAUGAGCGGCUUCAGUUUACUUUUGUUGACUGCCCAGGUCACGCUUCUCUCAUUCGCACCAUUAUUGGCGUAUUUUUGGAAAAUUGCUUAUCACAAGAAAAUCACCUCAGGCAUGUUAUCUUGUAGUUCAUUUCAUGAAGUGGCAAGAACCAUUUCAGUCACCUAAAAUUCUUUAGUAAAAGAUAUGUCUGAUUUUGUGAGUUAUUGGAAACUAAAAUAUUCUCCCUAGCAGUAUCCUGGAUGAGAAAACAAUUACAAGCUGGGAACAUUUCUAUCAUUUUCUAUCCUAUCAUAAAAAUUUUGGAAAACGUGUGUUUAUUAUAGCACUGAUAUUGAAAUCUUGUUGUAGCUGGGUCUGUAACUUAGCAGGUGCCCAGAUUAUUGACCUUAUGAUUUUGGUUGUUGACAUCACUAAAGGAAUUCAAACUCAAACUGCUGAGUGUCUUGUUGUUGGAGAGAUUGCCUGUGAGAAAAUGGUGGUUGUACUUAAUAAGACAGAUUUGUUGCCACCGGCUAAAAAGGCUGCUACAAUUGAAAAAAUGACAAAGCGAUUACUGAAAACCUUGGAGCCUACAAAGUUUGCUAAAGCUCCAGUAAUUGCGGUAUCUGCUAAUCCAGGAGGAACUGAGACUGGAGAUACUUCAAAAUCAGAGGGAAUUGUAGAGUUGCUGGAAACCCUAAAGAAAUACACUUAUAUACCAGAACGAAAUCUUACUGGACCCUUUAUUUUUUCUGUUGACCAUUGCUUUUCAAUUCGAGGACAAGGAACUGUGAUGACUGGUACAGUACUUAACGGCAGUGUCUCAAUCAAUGAGACCAUUGAAAUCCCAUCUCUGAAAGUGACCAAGAAUGUUAAAUCUAUGCAAAUGUUUCGUUUACCUGUUGAGAAAGUUGUUCAGGGUGACCGGGCUGGUAUUUGUGUGACACAGUUUGAUCCUAAACAGCUUGAGCGUGGCCUUGUGUGUUCUCCAGGUUCCCUACCUACUAUUUAUGCUGGAAUAAUCUUUGUAAAGAAGAUCCCUUACUACAAAGGAACUGUAUCCACUAAUGCCAAGUUCCAUAUAACAAUGGGUCAUGAAACUAUCAUGGCCCAUGUCACAUUUUUUGGCACUGAAAGUGCUUCUGAACAAGAUAAUACUUUAGAUCUUUCAAAAGAAUAUAAUUACCAAGAAGAAUUAUUAGAAAAGCAACCUCAACAGCCUAAUCUCUGCCAAUAUGCUCUCUUGGAAUUUGAAAAGCCCAUUACUUGUUUGGCAUCCUGUCUAGUGAUUGGCUCCAAACUUGACAGUGAUAUCAAUGCCAAUGUGUGCCGGAUUGCAUUCCAUGGACAACUAUUAACUUAUUACACUGACUCAAAGUACAAAGAGAGUAAACUAUCAGAACUGAAGAUAUUUAAAAUCAAGUCCAGGGAAGGUAGGAUCGAACGAGUUACUGAUGCUCAUUCACUAAUUGGCAAGGAUUUAUUCAAGAAAGAAACAAAUAUACAAGCCUUUGCCAACCUCAAAGUAACAUUAUCAAGUGGCGAGAAUGGAAUUAUUGAGGGCAGUUUUGGUCAAAGUGGCAAAGUAAAAAUCCGUAUUCCAAAUGGUUUGAGUGAGGAAGUCCUUCAGAGAUAUUCCGGUUCAAAGAAGAAGGGAAAAACUGCUGAGGCUGCUUCACCUGGAGCAGAUCAAGAACCAGUGAAGAUCAUUUUAUCAUUUAAACGAUAUAUUUUUGAUCCAAAGAAAAAAAUGAUACAGUCAUGACACGAAGGAUAAAGUGUCUUCUAGAGAGAUUUGUUUAUGUUUGUGUGAAUUUUCUCCAGCAAAUGCUUUUGCAUCUAUUUUUAAAAAUAUGUUAGGCACUAUUCCUCAACCUCACACUCAAUGUUCACUUUGAAUUUUUGCUGAGAAAUGAGAAAAUGAGGUUGUAAUGGGGUCUAGUGUCAGAAAUAAUGGUUCAGUUAUUGUAUUUUUUUGGUGAAGCAGUAAAGAAUAACGAUGGCUGUGGAAUUGAUAUAUAUUUGCUAGUUGAGAAGAGCAAGAACUAUGUUAACAACAGUAAAAGAGAUGGGAAGAUGA